AUCCUGUGUCUGAUAAACAAGAUGACGACAUCGACAUCGAGGCUCACGAUCAGCAGAGCAUCAUUCCUGGCGUCAGUGGAGAUCUUGUCCUAGAAGAAGCACACAGUGAAGCAGAGGAGACAAAGCAAUCUUCGGGAAAGGAAGGCGCAACUUCUUCGGAUAGUAUUGCGAACGAGAUGGCCAGCGAGCAUCCGUACGAAGCCAAGAUUCAGCGUGCGAGCAAACGGCUCGCUGCGAUGAUGAAUUCCGCUGGACGUCGUGGUCGUGGGCGACGAAGGAGGAAGAUAAAGCGAAGAUCAGUAGAGGCGAUCAGGAAGAGGGUAGAGGAAAUGAAAACGACACCACAGGGGCAGCAGCUGGACACUUCCGAACAGAGCAAGCAAGCUGUAGCUCCUUCAGAAAAUCACGACGCAAAAGCAGAAGAGCUAAGAAAAUACCCUUUCCCAACGAAACCAGAAGAUCAGCUACGUGACAUUACCUGGAACAAAGGGCCUUCACUGGGAGCCUCGUUAUCCUCCGGUAAGUCGGCUUCUCUCUCAGCGGCACUAGGCGGGGCCGAAGAUGAGUCAGCAUCUUCAGAAACGAAAGAGGACAAGCCACAAGAAUCGCAAAAGAUGACGUCCUCGAGGAAAAGCGCAGAGGAUAUCGCGCGUAUAGCAGAGAAAAUCCAGAACGGCAACCAGGACAAAGAGAGGACAUCUGAAAUCAGCGCCGCGCUGUCUUCAAAGAAGAUCACGAAGGUACAGCAAAAAACAACCAAUAAGAAGAAGAAACAAAUAAAGAGUCGUCUUCACAUGACAAUGAGCAUGAGAAAAAAAGACGCUGCUGCCUCUGGUACAUCUUCCAAACGGAACAAAGCCAUUAAGUCCAAACAUCACCAAGAGCAGGAACAAGAUCAAAAAGUUAAAAAAGUUGUUGUUGAAAUAAGUACAGGCACGGAGAACAAGGUCGAAAGCGAAAACUACAAGCAAGAAAGUGAAGUAGCCGAAGGGCAAGGCACGGACAAGAAUAUGAUGCAAAAAAAUCGCAAUCCAUUCGCUCCGCUGUAUGGGUACGGAACUGGCACUGGGAGUUAUCCUACAACCUUGAGCUCUCCGACCGCUUCGGCAUGGACGCCGACUGCAACCUACGUAUCACCAAACUACAAUACUUGGUGGGCACAACUCGUCAACCCUGCAGCUGCGUCUUCUCCGAUCGCCGCAGCUUCCUCACCUAGCGGUGGACUUGCUGUCGUUCCUGCAGCAGCGGGUACUUUUUUAACUAAAUAAUGAAGGCAGUCUUUACAAUCAUACUAGCACUUACUAGCUGUGGUGAACUCAUCAAGUUCUUAGUAUCAUGCGUGUGCGUGAUAUGCAUGUUGUAGAUCUAGAUAUUCUAUUUCCAGUAUUGAGGGCCACUUCUAAGUCGAACUAUCGAUCUUACUCGAUUUCAGGAAGUACGGUGGCACCGGGAACAUCGUCAGCAGUUGCUCCAGGGUCUUCACCAGUUCUUCCAGGGUCUGCGUCUGCGGCGCCGGUUGUUCCAGGGUCUGCGAUACCGGUUGUGGCAGGGUCUUCUACGCCAGUUGUUCCAGGCGCUUCUUCAGCAGUUCCAGGAGCUUCUUCAGCAGUGCCUGCCGCGUCUUCCGGAGGCUUCUCAUCGUCAGCCGCACCAUCGGGUGCAGCAGCGGCAUCAGCCGCAGGAGCUGCAGCAGCGACGAGCGGAAACCCACUUCCAGGAGGAUCGACUUGGGGUAAUCCAUCCUCUGCUUCGGGUGGAGGAGUCGUCACAACUCCUGCGCCGGCAAACAAAGUGAUAUGGCAAUGGGCGGCGCAGCCUACGACCUGUGACGUGAUCCAAGUGGAGCCACUCGCCACGGGUCAACAACUGAUGCCCUUUCAGCCCUUAAUCCGGGUCAACGCUACACGCGCACGCCUCAUCGCUUCCGGUUGCGGCUCUGUGUCGCAGGAUCAGAAACGACUGGUCGGCCUGAACUGUACCAACAUCACCAUCUUCUCCACGUACACUGGUGCAGACAAGAGCGAGAACUCGUUCGGGGACGUGAAGCUUUUGCUUGAGCACGUUGGUACUGGCUUCACCACCGCGCAAACCGCGUUCGAAACCUCCGGAAAGUUCGGUGUCAUGAGCUGCUUAGAUGCCGGCUCGGUCGAACACAACGGGCGCACGAACCAGUGGGAGUGGCGGGGAGCGCUGGCGCGCAUGCCAGGCGACCCGUACACGCAAGGAACGACGCCGGAUGAUUUUCUCGACACCGCGGGAACGGAAACGCUGCGUUUUAACGCGAUUCAGUGUGGACGGAUGCUGAUCAAACGGACAAAAAACGACAAGCAGAUGACGCCGAUAGUGGCGCUCAGCGACGGACAGAAGGCGGCAACAAAACUUGUUGCAACCGAUUGCAACAGCAUCCGACAUUACAACGAGGUCGACGGACUGAAGGUGUGCGGUAUGGACUGCUAUCGGGUCGGUAUUGAACUCGCAGGAUGGCCUGUCGUGGAUAAUGUGGCUUCCUUUUGUCUGGAGGGCUGCAGCAACAGCGUGGACGCAGCGAAGGCAGCCCGACCAGGCUCGGCUCUCUCAUCUCAAAGCUACCAACGCAGUGCGAUCACAGCGACCCCAAUUGCGACACCAGGCUCUUCUUCGAAUAGUGCAUCUAGCAGUAGUGGAGGAGGCUCUCCUCUUCUCUUCCGACAGCUUGGGGACCAGAAGGUUGACACGAGCAGUCUUUCUGAUCAAGAUAGUGGUUCAGAUUCAGCACUGGUUUCUGCAUCUAGUACUUCUCUUUCAGGUCCAGGAGGAAUGGGAAUCGCUUCGAGACUACCAACUAGAGUUACUUCGAAGCUAGUAUCGAUGUUCACUGAUGGACAAGAAACUUCUGCUACAACAACACGACGAGCAGGAGACACUACAACGGCAUCUGCGCUCAGCGGCAUUAUCAGUGUCCCACAUCUGAACGACGGCGACAUUACCACAAGUAGAGACGACCAAGCAGGGAGCAGCAAGAGCGACGACGAGGAUCCCCUCAGCGGCGAACUGUCGUCCUUCCGAAAGGCAAAUUUGCAACUCCGGAACCACAUUCAGCAAAUUAGGAAUCGUGGAUACAAUCAUGCUCCGAGCUCUAGCUCAGCCGAAGCUUUAAACGGCCUCCCUACAAUCCACGAUCCGUUGCCGAUCAAUGCUGGACUAGGCGUGGGGCAAGAAACACCAUCACUUUCUAGUAGUAGUCCUACUGGUAGUCAUACUAGUACUUCAUCAACAUCAUCAAUGCAGCAGAAUGUUGGAGCAGGAAGUCUCAUCAAAAGCAGGAGUGAGUUGCCAAUUGAUGACGGACAUCUCCUCGAAAGAACCUCAUCUACGGGUAACAAGAUGGAUGACGAGAUUGAAAAUUUCAUUCAGAGUAAUCAAGUUGUCGGGGAUGAUGUGCAACUACAUACUGCAUCUACUUCUCUUCAUCAAUCAGACAUCACGGCAGGUGGCAGGAGAGGCGCCGCAGCAGUGUCGUCUAGUACGUCGUCCACAAGCAGCACGCAAACAGACGCGAUCGAAGAGGCGUACGAAGAGCUAUCUCGCAAUAACCCGUCCAUGCGUGAAGCGCUGGAACGCGCACGAAAAAGGUUGUUACUAAAGGAGGAUAGCCAUGGGCAACGAGAUGAGAAUCCGUCAUCUCUCGGUGUCGAUAGGACAACUUCGGAUGAGCAGAAUGCAGCCCGUCCUCGUGGUCUACGCCUCGUCGAGGGGCAACCGGGUGCUCUUGAUGUAACCUUCCAGCGGUCUCGUGAACCUGAUCCUGCUUUAGGUCUAGGCGAAACUACUUCUCUGAAUAAUUCUCGCAUGUCAGAUUCAGAGCUCGAGAAACUCGUCAAUUACGGAAAGCAGGAGGCGGAUCUUAAAACCACUGUGAACAAGGACAAGGAUAGCUCUUUGAAAGAAAAAGAUGCAGAACACGACCGGGAGAUGCGCUCCAGCGCUGCUUCCUUGGCAUCCGAUAUUCUCAAGAAAGUCGAAGCACUAGGUCUGAAUCCAACCCCCUCAGGUGCUGUUGACGAUCCAGCAUCGUUGAGGUCCAUGGUUGCCGCGGUCCAAGCAGCAGCCGAGGAUAGCGGGCGCCCUCCAGCAGAGCUGCACAGGGCGAUCCCUUCAGCCGAAACUUCAUCAACAUCAGAGGAUGAAGGAAAAUUGCGAGCAGCCAUAGCUGGUACCAUCAAACCCGUGGGAGAAGCUUCUUCUUCGGCUAGCAGGAAUAGUCCUCUGGCAUCUAGAAGUAGCACAGCAAGUAGAACAGCAGCAGCAGGUACAACGGAUACAACAUCCAUUUCGAGGACGUCUCCAUCAGGAGCAGCAUCAAGUUUGUCAAGAGUGCCAUUGUCAAGACAUGACCACGAGUUCGGAUCGUCGACAACGGAGCAGGAUGUUCUGGCACUAAUGAAGGGACUUCGUAUGGACGCUCCUAGCAGCACUGCACGUCGUGGUGCUAGCCUCUUGCAGAUCGGAGAUGCUUUGGCAGCCGCGAUCCGGAGUAGACGCGCACCUACAUCGAGCAGACCUUCAUCUACUAUUUGGUCUAGUGAAGACGAGCAACCUCAUGCUUACCACGAUGGGGAAUCAGAAAAUUUUCAGUUUCACGAGCAACUAAAAGGCAAGGAGUUUCACCAUGAUAAUCCUACAGUUGGUGGGCAUUCUCAAGGAACAGGUACUACAUCUCACCGACUAGAGGAGAGAGGACAACCCUCGAGUUCAUUAUUCGCUGUGGAUCUAGUGGGCCUUGGGUGAGGAUCUCCUAGCGUAAAACAUGAAGACGAUCGUACCGGUACUCAGGUAGGUUCAUGAUUGUGUCAUAUGUAUAACCUUUUUCGGUUUUCUUUUUUCUAUUCUAAGAAUUUAAUCUAAAUCCAUUAAUCUGACAUUCGACACCUUGUUUAUACGCAUGAUUAUACACAGCACGAGCACUACCACACGGAUUAUAUCAGCGGGCGGGUGCCAGUGCCACGCACGCAUCGGUGUCCUUCUGCCCCCCCUGUAUUUGUAUAGUUUGAUGAUUGAAUAUGAAUAAUGUCUCAUAGUGUUAGUGACACACUCACACCUCACCAUAAUCCUGAUGAUCUUCACAUGAUGAAUAGAUGAUGGUAUUCCCAGUUCGAAAUGCAUACUGAUCGUCUUACAACCUUUCUUCCCUAGUUAAAAGAAUUCGUCAUUGUAACUAAGUAAUAGUACAACUGGUACCACCGUGGUAGCUUCCUGCUUUCAUUUCGUCUCAAUGCAACACAGCAACAGCACUUCUUCAGACUUUCGGUUUCGGUAAAAAGUGAAAAUGAACAGACACAAGAAAAUCCUCAGAGUGAGAGAGUUGAUAAGAUAAGGAUGAUGAGUUUUGUACUUCUACAGCAUUGAUGCAAUGGACGCCCUCGAAAAACUUGAAGGAGCGCGAUGCUGACGA